AAAAAUUGAGACAUCCACAUGUCCUUUAAUCUGUACCCUAUAUCUUUGUAUGGAUUAGCAUUCCCAUUAUUAUUUAAAUGACCUGACGACAUUAUGGCUUGGCUCCCGUUCUUCGCUAUGCGUUCCUGGUAGUCUUUGGUAGACGUUCCCCAAGUGAAGAUGUGGUGGUUUACUAUAUUCACGUUCAUUGUCGGCAUGUCUGUGUACAUGUGGAGAACACCAAAAUUUUAUCCGCCAGGUCCUAUGCCGUUGCCCAUAAUCGGCAACCUAUUCUCGGUGUGGCUGAACUUGCGUCGUCUAAAGUACCACCACGUUGUAUGGCAAGAGUGGAGCCGCCAGUACGGAGAAGUGCUGGGCCUUCAGCUGGGCAGCAUCAACCUGGUGGUCGUGUCCGGGGCGGAUAGAAUCAAGGAGGUCCUGUCUAGGGAGGUCUUUAACGGGAGACCGGACGGAUUCUUUUACACGCUGAGGUCUUUUGGGAAGAAAAUUGGCAUAGUCUUCGCGGACGGUCCCUCCUGGAACUCAACCCGUCGUGUGGCCCUGAAGUACCUGAAGACCUUCGGCUACGGAACCGCGAGCAUGGAGGCGCUGAUCACUGAGGAGUGCAACGAGCUCAUCAAGCUGAGGAUGGAAGACGCUGGGGAGCCGAUAGAGAUGGAUCACAUGUUUGAUAUUCCCGUUGUUAAUAUACUGUGGAGGAUUGUUGCAGGGAAGAGAUACGACUUAAAAGACGACCGAUUAAGGAAGAUUUGCUACCUUAUUAAACGAUCUUUUAAAGUAGUGGACAUGAGCGGAGGCAUCAUCAACUUCUUUCCAUAUUUGAGACACAUCAUCCCAGGAUACACUGGAUAUCGUGAACUGAAGGAGCUGCAUCACAGCAUGUAUAUGUUUAUUAAAAAUGUAAUAAGGGAGCACGAAAGCACUAUCAAGUAUGACAAGCCCCGGGACGUAAUCGAUGCAUUCCUGAUUGAGAUGGCUGAGAACAAGGACAGAUCUUUUACAGACGCGGAGCUGCAGGUGGUGUGCCUGGACCUGCUGCAGGCGGGCAUGGAGACGGUCAGCAACACGGCCGUGUUCCUCGCGCUGCACUGCAUGAGGGAUGAAGAUGUGCAGAUGCGGCUGCAUCGGGAGAUAGAUGAUGUGAUUGGGGAAAGGGUUCCGCAGCUCGCUGAUCGGGGCAGGAUGGUAUACACGGAGGCGGUGAUUCUGGAAGCUCUACGCAUAUCUUCCGUGGCUGCCGUCGGCAUUCCGCACAUGGCGGUGCAGGACGCGCAACUUGGCUCCUACAUCAUACCGAGGGGCACUUUUAUCUUACUGGCCCUGCACGAUUUGCACAAUGGACCUCACUGGGAGGAUCCUCACGUUUUUAACCCGGAAAGAUUCAUCUCUAAUAGUGGCAAGCUGAUUUCACCAGAUUCGUUUCUUCCUUUUGGCAGUGGCCGCCGCCGCUGCAUCGGCGAAGCGCUCGCUCGCUCCGAGCUCUUCCUGUUCCUCACGCACCUACUGCAGAGCUUCCACCUGGAGACCCCGCCCGGAGACCCGCAGCCCAGCACCGACCCCGUCAACGGAGUCACGCUCUCCGCAAAACCCUUCCGCGCUGUCUUCAAACCUAGGGCCACGGGGUUUAACUAAUGAUGAAAGUUUAUUGUUAUUUUCGAACAUAAUUUUAAGACCUAAUUUACGUUAAUUUAAAUAGCUUUAAAACCAUUGAUUUAUUCCAUAAUUCUAUUUUAUGAUAGUGUUAAUAUUAAAUAACGCAGGACCCAAUAUGCCACCUUGAGGUGCCCCUUCGUUAAGUACACCAUAAUUACUAGUCUGUAGCCGUUUCUCCGAGCUGUUCC